AUGUUUUGCACUAGUCGUGGUAUUCACACAUCUGGCACUGGCACUAUGUGUGCUCAAGAAUAUCUAAGAUCCAUUCAGUCAAGUGCAACACAACCGAUUCGAACAUUUGGUAAAAGUGUUGAUGGUUGGCUUCGUACAGCAUUAGGUUAUUUACCAGAACGAUUGAAAACAAUUAAAUUAACAAUAAUAAAUGCAUUUGCGAUGACAUUAAGACGUUAUACACCAUUAAAUCAUUUAGUUCAAGUAGCACGUGCUGUUCUUCUUAAUGCAACACAAGUUAAUCAAAUGUUAGCUGAUUUAAAUAAAGUCGAUUUUCAUAAGGUUCAAGAACAAGCAUGGUGGGUUUGUGAAUGUGAUGAUAAUUUAAUUUCACGUAUUGAGAGAAAAUUCAAAAACCAUUUAUCAUCUCAAUCAACAUUAGAAGAUUGGGCACAAGGGCUCGAUUCAUUAUUAAAUGAUCUUCUUAAACCAUAUUCAAAUUUCACAGCAGAAAAAUAUGCAAAACAAGCAAAAUAA